AUACACAAUGUUCACGUUGUUGAGCUCACGCACACCAAAGGAUCAAUGUUCAAUAGAGGGAUCAAUGGAAUAGGAAUCUUAAUAAACUUGAACUCUAACCCCGCUCUCUGACGUCACCGCUGCAUUACCUCAUCGGCGUGAGGGGGAGGUGUGUACCCCGCUAGUGACGUCAUGUCACCUGCUGCCGCGUGACGUCACGAGACACCAGGAAGCUGCCGUACUCUACGCGGGCGCUCACUGUGAGCCGAGAUAUUAGGGGCUGGUCAGGCGAGGCAUUGGCUAGAGAAGAGACUGGAGGAUGUGGAGGUGAUCGGACCUGCCGAUGACUGGUGCCAGGAGUGGAGAUCGGCCUCUGUGGAGGAGGCCCGUGAGAAUUGGUCUGAUGGAGCAACGGCACUCGGCGCAGCUCGGUACAAAAAAUAAACAAUGCGACCAGUGUGCAUACAGCACGGAUCAUACUGGAAGUUUGACUCAGCACAAGAGAACACACACAGGAGAGAAACCCUUCAAGUGCAGUGUGUGUGAGAAGGCAUUUGCAGAGUCAUCACAUCUUAAAAGACACCAGAGAAUACACACAGGAGAGAAAUCCUUCAAGUGCAGUGUGUGUGAAAAGGCAUUUGCAGAGUCAUCACAUCUUAAAAACCACCAGAGAUCACACACAGGAGAGAAACCCUUCAAGUGCAGUGUGUGUGAGAAGGCAUUUGCAGAGUCAUCACAUCUUAAAAGACACCAGAGAAUACACACAGGAGAGAAAUCCUUCAAGUGCAGUGUGUGUGAGAAGGCAUUUGCAGAGUCAUCACAUCUUAAAAACCACCAGAGAACACACACAGGAGAGAAACCCUUCAAGUGCACUGUGUGUGAGAAGGCAUUUGCAUGGUCAUCAGUUCUUAGGAGUCACCAGAGAACACACACAGGAGCUAAACCUUUCAAGUGCACUGUGUGUGGGAGCGCAUUUGCACGGCCAUCGCAUCUUCACGACCACCAGAGAACACACACGGGAGAGAAACCCUUCAACUGCAUUGUUUGUGAGAAGGCAUUUUCAAAGUCAGCAGUUCUUAAAAAACACCAGAGAACGCACACAGGAGAGAACCUCUUCAAGUGCAGUGUGUGUGGGAAGGCAUUUUCAAGUUCAUCUGAUCUUCAAAUACACCAGACAACACACACAGGAGAGAAACCCUUAAAGUGCACUGUGUGCGGGAAGGUGUUUACACGGUCAUCAUAUCUUAAAAAACACCAGAGAACGCACACAGAGAAACCCUUCAAGUGCAGUGUCUGUGAGAAGGCAUUUGCACAGUCAUCAGUUCUUCAGAGCCACCAGCGAACGCACACAGGAGAGAAACCCUUCAAGUGCACUGUGUGUGAGAAGGCAUUUGCACAGUCAUCAGUUCUUAGGAGCCACCACAGAACACACACAGGAGCUAAACCUUUCAAGUGCACUGUCUGUGAAAAGGCAUUUGUCAAGCCAUCGCUUCUUCACGACCACCAGAGAACACACACGGGAGAGAAACCCUUCAAGUGCAUUGUUUGUGAGAAGGCAUUUGCACAGUCAGCAGUUCUUCAGAGACACAAGAGAACACACACGGGAGAGAAACCCUUCAAGUGCACUGUGUGUGGGAAGGUGUUUAAACGGUCAUCACAUCUUAAAAAACACCAGAGAACGCACACAGGAGAGAAACCCUUCAAGUGCACUGUGUGUAGAAGCGUAUUUGCACAGUCAUCACAUCUUCACGACCACCAGAGAACGCACACAGGAGAAAAAUGUUUCAAGUGCACUGUGUGUGAGAAGGCAUUUGCACGGUUAUCACAUCUUCACGACCACCAGAGAAUGCACACAGGAGAGAAACCCUUCAAGUGCACUGUGUGUGAGAAGGCAUUUGCACAGUCAUCAAGUCUUAAGAUCCACCAGAGAAGGCACACAGGAGAGAAACCCUUCAAGUGCGCUGUGUGUGAGAAGGCGUUUACAUGUUCAUCAGGUCUUAAGAUCCACCAGAGAAGGCACACAGGAGAGAAACCCUUCAAGUGCACUGUGUGUGAGAAGGCAUUUGCAAAGUCAGCAGUUCUUCAGAGACACCAGAGAACACACACGGGAGAGAAACCCUUCAAGUGCACUGUGUGUGGGAAGGCGUUUACACGGUCAUCACAUCUUAAAAAACACCAGAGAACACACACAGGAGAGAAACCCUUCAAGUGCACUGUGUGUAGAAGCGCAUUUGCACAGUCAUCACAUCUUCACGACCACCAGAGAACGCACACAGGAGAUAAACCCUUCAAGUGCACUGUGUGUGAGAAGGCAUUUGCAGAGUUAUCACAUCUUAAAAAACACCAGAGAACACACACAGGAGAGAAACCCUUUAAGUGCACUCUGUGCGGGAAGGCGUUUGCCGCACUAUCAGAUUUGACUCAGCACAAGAGAACACACACAGGAGAGAAACCCUUCAAGUGCAGUGUGUGUGAGAAGGCAUUUGCAGAGUCAUCACAUCUUAAAAGACACCAGAGAAUACACACAGGAGAGAAAUCCUUCAAGUGCAGUGUGUGUGAGAAGGCAUUUGCAGAGUCAUCACAUCUUAAAAACCACCAGAGAUCACACACAGGAGAGAAACCCUUCAAGUGCAGUGUGUGUGAGAAGGCAUUUGCAGAGUCAUCACAUCUUAAAAGACACCAGAGAAUACACACAGGAGAGAAAUCCUUCAAGUGCAGUGUGUGUGAGAAGGCAUUUGCAGAGUCAUCACAUCUUAAAAACCACCAGAGAACACACACAGGAGAGAAACCCUUCAAGUGCACUGUGUGUGAGAAGGCAUUUGCAUGGUCAUCAGUUCUUAGGAGUCACCAGAGAACACACACAGGAGCUAAACCUUUCAAGUGCACUGUGUGUGGGAGCGCAUUUGCACGGCCAUCGCAUCUUCACGACCACCAGAGAACACACACGGGAGAGAAACCCUUCAACUGCAUUGUUUGUGAGAAGGCAUUUUCAAAGUCAGCAGUUCUUAAAAAACACCAGAGAACGCACACAGGAGAGAACCUCUUCAAGUGCAGUGUGUGUGGGAAGGCAUUUUCAAGUUCAUCUGAUCUUCAAAUACACCAGACAACACACACAGGAGAGAAACCCUUAAAGUGCACUGUGUGCGGGAAGGUGUUUACACGGUCAUCAUAUCUUAAAAAACACCAGAGAACGCACACAGAGAAACCCUUCAAGUGCAGUGUCUGUGAGAAGGCAUUUGCACAGUCAUCAGUUCUUCAGAGCCACCAGCGAACGCACACAGGAGAGAAACCCUUCAAGUGCACUGUGUGUGAGAAGGCAUUUGCACAGUCAUCAGUUCUUAGGAGCCACCACAGAACACACACAGGAGCUAAACCUUUCAAGUGCACUGUCUGUGAAAAGGCAUUUGUCAAGCCAUCGCUUCUUCACGACCACCAGAGAACACACACGGGAGAGAAACCCUUCAAGUGCAUUGUUUGUGAGAAGGCAUUUGCACAGUCAGCAGUUCUUCAGAGACACAAGAGAACACACACGGGAGAGAAACCCUUCAAGUGCACUGUGUGUGGGAAGGUGUUUAAACGGUCAUCACAUCUUAAAAAACACCAGAGAACGCACACAGGAGAGAAACCCUUCAAGUGCACUGUGUGUAGAAGCGUAUUUGCACAGUCAUCACAUCUUCACGACCACCAGAGAACGCACACAGGAGAAAAAUGUUUCAAGUGCACUGUGUGUGAGAAGGCAUUUGCACGGUUAUCACAUCUUCACGACCACCAGAGAAUGCACACAGGAGAGAAACCCUUCAAGUGCACUGUGUGUGAGAAGGCAUUUGCACAGUCAUCAAGUCUUAAGAUCCACCAGAGAAGGCACACAGGAGAGAAACCCUUCAAGUGCGCUGUGUGUGAGAAGGCGUUUACAUGUUCAUCAGGUCUUAAGAUCCACCAGAGAAGGCACACAGGAGAGAAACCCUUCAAGUGCACUGUGUGUGAGAAGGCAUUUGCAAAGUCAGCAGUUCUUCAGAGACACCAGAGAACACACACGGGAGAGAAACCCUUCAAGUGCACUGUGUGUGGGAAGGCGUUUACACGGUCAUCACAUCUUAAAAAACACCAGAGAACACACACAGGAGAGAAACCCUUCAAGUGCACUGUGUGUAGAAGCGCAUUUGCACAGUCAUCACAUCUUCACGACCACCAGAGAACGCACACAGGAGAUAAACCCUUCAAGUGCACUGUGUGUGAGAAGGCAUUUGCAGAGUUAUCACAUCUUAAAAAACACCAGAGAACACACACAGGAGAGAAACCCUUUAAGUGCACUCUGUGCGGGAAGGCGUUUGCGCGUACUGGAAGUUUGGCACAGCACAAGAGAACGCACACAGGAGAGAAACCCUUCAAGUGCAUUGUGUGUGAGAAGGCAUUUGCAGAGUCAUCACAUCUUAAAAGACACCAGAGAACACACACGGGAGAGAAAACCUUCAAGUGCAGUGUGUGUGAGAAGGAAUUUGCAGAGUCAUCACAUCUUAAAAAACACCAGAGGACACACAGGGGAGAGAACCCCUUCAAGUGCAGUGUGUGUGAAAAGGCAUUUGCAGAGUUAUCACAUCUUAAAAACCACCAGAGAACACACACAGGAGAGAAACCCUUCAAGUGCAGUGUCUGUGAGAAGGCAUUUGCACGGUCAUCAAAUCUUCAGAUCCACCAGAGAAGGCACACAGGAGAGAAACCCUUCAAGUGCACUGUCUGUGAGAAGACAUUUUCACAGUCGUCAGUUCUUCAGAGCCACCAGAGAACACACACAGGAGAGAAACCCUUCAAGUGCACUGUCUGUGAGAAGGCAUUUGCACAUUCAUCAGGUCUUCAGAUCCACCAGAGAACACACACAGGAGAGAAACCCUUCAAGUGCACUGUCUGUGAGAAGACAUUUUCACAGUCGUCAGUUCUUCAGAGCCACCAGAGAACACACACAGGAGAGAAACCCUUCAAGUGCACUGUCUGUGAGAAGGCAUUUGCACAUUCAUCAGGUCUUCAGAUCCACCAGAGAACACACACAGGAGAGAAACCCUUCAAGUGCACUGUGUGUGGAAGCGCAUUUGCACGGUCAUCAGAUCUUCAGAGACACAAGAGAAGGCACACAGGAGAGAACCCCUUCAAGUGCACUCUGUGCAGGAAGGCGUUUGCACGGUCAUCACGUCUUCAAACACACCAGAGGACACACACAGGAGAAAAACCCUUCAAGUGCACUGUGUGUGAGAAGGAAUUUUCACAGUCAUCAAAUCUUAAAAUACACCAGAGAACGCACACAGGAGAGAAACCCUUCAAGUGCAGUGUGUGUGGGAAGGCAUUUUCAACUUCAUUUUAUGUUAAAGCACACCAGAGAAUACACACAGGAGAUAACCCCUUCAAGUGCAGUGUGUGUGAGAAGGAAUUUUCACAGUCAUCAAAUCUUAAAAAACACCAGAGAACGCACACAGGAGAGAAACCCUUCAAGUGCACUGUGUGUGGGAAGGCAAUUUCAAGUUCAUCUGAUCUUAAAAGGCACCAGGGAACACACACAGGAGAGAAACCCUUCAAUUGCACUGUCUGUGAGAAGGCAUUUUCACAGUCAUCAGUUCUGCAUCGACACCAGAGAACACACAGUGCUGAAAAACCCUUCAAGUGCAGUGCGUGUGGGAAGGCGUUUUCAGUUUCAUCUACUCUUGUAACACACCAGAGAACACACACGGGAGAGAAACCCUUCAAGUGCAAUGUGUGUGGGAAGGCAUUUUCAGAUUCAUCAAAUCUUCAUGUACACCAGAGAACACACACGGGAGAGAAACCCUUCAAGUGCAGUGUGUGUGGGAAGGCGUUUACACUUUCAUCUACUCUUGUAACACACCAGAGAACACACACGGGAGAGAAACCUUUCAAGUGUACUGUGUGUGGGAAGGCGUUUGCACAGUCACCUACUCUUGUAAGACACCAGAGAAGACACACGGGAGAGAAACCCUUCAAGUGCAGUGUGUGUGGGAAGGCGUUUUCAGAUUCAUCUGCUCUUGUAGCACACCAGAGAACACACACAGGAGAGAAACCCUUCAAGUGCAGUGUGUGUGGGAAGGCGUUUACACGUUCAUCAAAUCUUCAUGUACACCAAAGAACACACACGGGAGAGAAACCCUUCAAUUGCAGUCUGUGUGGGAAGGCAUUUUCACAGUCAUCUGCUCUUGUAGCACACCAGAGAACACACACGGGAGAGAAACCCUUCAAGUGCAGUGUGUGUGGGAAGGCGUUUUCACAUUCACCACAUCUUCAAAUACACCAGAAAACACACACGGGAGAGAAACCCUUCAAGUGCAGUGUGUGUGGGAAGGCGUUUGCACAUUCAUCUCCUCUUGUAGCACACCAGAGAACACACACGGGUGAGAAACCCUUUAAGUGCAGGUGUGGGAAGGCGUUUGCACAUUCAUCACAUCUUCAAGUACACCAGAGAACUCACACGGGAGAGAAACCCUUCAAGUGCAGUGUGUGUGGGAAGGCGUUUUCAGAUUCAUCUGCUCUUGUAAAACACCAGAGAACACACACAGGAGAGAAACCCUUCAAGUGCAGUGUGUGUGGGAAGGCGUUUGCAGAUUCAUCUGAUCUUGUACCACACCAGAGAACACACACAGGAGAGAAACCCUUCAAGUGCAGUGUGUGUGGGAAGGCGUUUGCAGAUUCAUCUGCUCUUGUACCACACGAGAGAAGACACAUGGGAGAGAAACCCUUCAAGUGCAGUGUGUGUGGGAAGGCGUUUGCACGUUCAUCUACUCUUGUAACACACCAGAGAACACACACAGGAGAUAAACCCUUCAAGUGCAGUGUGUGUGGGAAGGCGUUUUCAAUUUCAUCUACUCUUGUAAAACACCAGAGAACACACACGGGAAAUAAACCCUUCAAGUGCAGUGUGUGUGGGAAGGCGUUCACACAGUCAUCUACUCUUGUAACACACCAGAGAACUCACACAGGAGAGAAACCCUUCAAGUGCAGUGUGUGUGGGAAGGCGUUUGCACAUUCAUCUACUCUUGUAACACACCAGAGAACACACACAGGAGAUAAACCCUUCAAGUGCAGUGUGUGUGGGAAGGCGUUUUCAAAUUCAUCUACUCUUGUAAAACACCAGAGAACACACAUGGGAAAUAAACCCUUCAAGUGCAGUGUGUGUGGGAAGGCGUUCACACAGUCAUCUACUCUUGUAACACACCAGAGAACUCACACAGGAGAGAAACCCUUCAAGUGCAGUGUGUGUGGGAAGGCGUUUUCAGAUUCAUCUGCUCUUGUAAAACACCAGAGAACACACACAGGAGAGAAACCCUUCAAGUGCAGUGUGUGUGGGAAGGCGUUUGCACAUUCAUCUACUCUUAAAAAACACCAGAGAACACACACAGGAGAGAAACCCUUCAAGUGCAGUGUGUGUGGGACGGCGUUUACACUUUCAUCAAAUCUUCAUGUACACCAGAGAACACACAUGGGAGAGAAACCCUUCAAGUGCAGUGUGUGUGGGAAGGCGUUUGCACAAUCUGCAUGGCAUUUGACUCAGCACAAGAGAACACACACAGGAGAGAAACCCUUCAAGUGCAGUGUGUGUGAUAAGGCAUUUGCAGAGUCAUCACUUCUUAAAAGACACCAGAGAACACACACAGGAGAGAAACCCUUCAAGUGCAGUGUGUGUGGGAAGGCGUUUUCACGUUCAUAUAUUCUUGUUAUACACCAGAGAACUCACACGGGAGAGAAACCGUUCAAAUGCAGUGUGUGUGGGAAGGCGUUUGCACAGUCAACUACUCUUGUAACACACCAGAGAACACACACGGGAGAUAAACCCUUCAAGUGCAGUGUGUGUGGGAAGGCGUUUGCACAGUCAACUAGUCUUGUAACACACCAGAGAACACACACGGGAGAUAAACCCUUCAAGUGCAGUGUGUGUGGGAAGGCGUUUUCAGAUUCAUCAAAUCUUCAAAGACACCAGAGAACUCACACGGGAGAGAAACCCUUCAAGUGCAGUGUGUGUGGGAAGGCAUUUUCACGUUCAUCAAAUCUUCAUGUACACCAGAGAACACACAAGCAUACUCACACAGGAGAGAAACCCUUCAAGUGCAGUGUGUGCGGGAAGGCAUUUUCACCGUCAUCUGCUCUUGUAGCACACCAGAGAACACACACGGGAAAUAAACCCUUCAAGUGCAGUGUGUGUGGGAAGGCGUUCACACAGUCAUCUACUCUUGUAACACACCAGAGAACUCACACAGGAGAGAAACCCUUCAAGUGCAGUGUGUGUGGGAAGGCGUUUUCAGAUUUAUCUCCUCUUGUAACACACCAGAGAACACACACGGGAGAGAAACCCUUCAAGUGCAGUGUGUGUGGGAAGGCGUUUGCACGUUCAUCUACUCUUGUAGAACACCAGAGAACACACAUGGGAGAGAAACCCUUCAAGUGCAGUGUGUGUGGGAAGGCGUUCACACAGUCAUCUACUCUUGUAACACACCAGAGAACUCACACAGGAGAGAAACCCUUCAAGUGCAGUGUGUGUGGGAAGGCGUUUGCACGUUCAUCUACUCUUGUAGAACACCAGAGAACACACACGGGAGAGAAACCCUUCAAGUGCAGUGUGUGUGGGAAGGCGUUUGCACAUUCAUCACAUCUUCAAGUACACCAGAGAACUCACACGGGAGAGAAACCCUUCAAGUGCAGUGUGUGUGGGAAGGCGUUUUCAGAUUCAUCUGCUCUUGUAAAACACCAGAGAACACACACAGGAGAGAAACCCUUCAAGUGCAGUGUGUGUGGGAAGGCGUUUGCACGAUCAUCUACUCUUAUAAAACACCAGAGUACACACACAGGAGAGAAACCCUUCAAGUGCAGUGUGUGUGGGAAGGCGUUUGCACAUUCAUCUACUCUUAAAAAACACCAGAGAACACACACAGGAGAGAAACCCUUCAAGUGCAGUGUGUGUGGGAAGGCGUUUGCACAGUCACCACAUCUUCAAAAACACAAGAGAACUCACACAGGAGAGAAACCCUUCAAGUGCAGUGUGUGCGGGAAGGCAUUUUCACAGUCAUCUGCUCUUGUAGCACACCAGAGAACACACACGGGAGAGAAACCCUUCAAGUGCAGUGUGUGUGGGAAGGCGUUUUCACAUUCACCACAUCUUCAAAUACACCAGAAAACACACACGGGAGAGAAACCCUUCAAGUGCAGUGUGUGUGGGAAGGCGUUUGCACAUUCAUCUCCUCUUGUAGCACACCAGAGAACACACACGGGUGAGAAACCCUUUAAGUGCAGUGUGUGUGGGAAGGCAUUUGCACAUUCAUCACAUCUUCAAGUACACCAGAGAACUCACACGGGAGAGAAACCCUUCAAGUGCAGUGUGUGUGGGAAGGCGUUUUCAGAUUCAUCUGCUCUUGUAAAACACCAGAGAACACACACAGGAGAGAAACCCUUCAAGUGCAGUGUGUGUGGGAAGGCGUUUGCAGAUUCAUCUGAUCUUGUACCACACCAGAGAACACACACAGGAGAGAAACCCUUCAAGUGCAGUGUGUGUGGGAAGGCGUUUGCAGAUUCAUCUGCUCUUGUACCACACGAGAGAAGACAGGGAGAGAAACCCUUCAAGUGCAGUGUGUGUGGGAAGGCGUUUGCACGUUCAUCUACUCUUGUAACACACCAGAGAACACACACAGGAGAUAAACCCUUCAAGUGCAGUGUGUGUGGGAAGGCGUUUUCAAUUUCAUCUACUCUUGUAAAACACCAGAGAACACACACGGGAAAUAAACCCUUCAAGUGCAGUGUGUGUGGGAAGGCGUUCACACAGUCAUCUACUCUUGUAACACACCAGAGAACUCACACAGGAGAGAAACCCUUCAAGUGCAGUGUGUGUGGGAAGGCGUUUGCACGUUCAUCUACUCUUGUAACACACCAGAGAACACACACAGGAGAUAAACCCUUCAAGUGCAGUGUGUGUGGGAAGGCGUUUUCAAAUUCAUCUACUCUUGUAAAACACCAGAGAACACACAUGGGAAAUAAACCCUUCAAGUGCAGUGUGUGUGGGAAGGCGUUCACACAGUCAUCUACUCUUGUAACACACCAGAGAACUCACACAGGAGAGAAACCCUUCAAGUGCAGUGUGUGUGGGAAGGCGUUUUCAGAUUCAUCUGCUCUUGUAAAACACCAGAGAACACACACAGGAGAGAAACCCUUCAAGUGCAGUGUGUGUGGGAAGGCGUUUUCAGAUUCAUCUGCUCUUGUAAAACACCAGAGAACACACACAGGAGAGAAACCCUUCAAGUGCAGUGUGUGUGGGAAGGCGUUUGCACAUUAAUCUACUCUUAAAAAACACCAGAGAACACACACAGGAGAGAAACCCUUCAAGUGCAGUGUGUGUGGGACGGCGUUUACACUUUCAUCAAAUCUUCAUGUACACCAGAGAACACACAUGGGAGAGAAACCCUUCAAGUGCAGUGUGUGUGGGAAGGCGUUUGCACAAGCCUGUCAUUUGACUCAGCACAAGAGAACACACACAGGAGAGAAACCCUUCAAGUGCAGUAUGUGUGAGAAGGCAUUUGCAGAGUCAUCACUUCUUAAAAGACACCAGAGAACACACACAGGAGAGAAACCCUUCAAGUGCAGUGUGUGUGGGAAGGCGUUUUCACGUUCAUAUAUUCUUGUUAUACACCAGAGAACUCACACGGGAGAGAAACCGUUCAAAUGCAGUGUGUGUGGGAAGGCGUUUGCACAGUCAACUACUCUUGUAACACACCAGAGAACACACACGGGAGAUAAACCCUUCAAGUGCAGUGUGUGUGGGAAGGCGUUUGCACAGUCAACUAGUCUUGUAACACACCAGAGAACACACACGGGAGAUAAACCCUUCAAGUGCAGUGUGUGUGGGAAGGCGUUUUCAGAUUCAUCAAAUCUUCAAAGACACCAGAGAACUCACACGGGAGAGAAACCCUUCAAGUGCAGUGUGUGUGGGAAGGCAUUUUCACGUUCAUCAAAUCUUCAUGUACACCAGAGAACACACAAGCAUCAGAAGAUCCACAAGGAGCAUCAAUGCGACCGGUGUGCAUACAGCACGGAUCGUACUGACCAUUUGAACUUGCACCAGAGAACUCACACGGGAGAGAAACCCUUCAAGUGCAGUGUGUGUGGGAUGUCGUUUGCACAGUUCUCUACUCUUCAAAAACACCAGAGAACACACACGGGAGAGAAACCCUUCAAGUGCAGUGUGUGCGGGAAGGCAUUUUCGCAGUCAUCUACUCUUGUAACGCACCAGAGAAUACACACGGGAGAUAAACCCUUCAAGUGCAGUGUGUGUGGGAAGGUGUUUUCAGAUUCAUCUACUCUUGUAACACACCAGAGAACACACACGGGAGAGAAACCCUUCAAGUGCAGUGUGUGUGGGAAGGCCACGGAUCGUCCUGCACAUUUGACACGGCACCAUAGAACUUACACAGGAGAGAAACCUUUCAAGUGCGGUGUGUGUGGGAAGGCGUUUGCACAUUCAUCUACUCUUGUAACACAUCAGAGAACACACACAGGAGAGAAACCCUUCAAGUGCAGUGUGUGUGGGAAGGCGUUUGCACAUUCAUCUGGUCUUGUAAAACACCAGAGAACACACACGGGAGAUAAACCCUUCAAGUGCAGUGUGUGUGGGAAGGCGUUUGCACAUUCAUCUACUCUUUUAAAACACCAGAGAACACACACGGGAGAUAAACCCUUCAAGUGCAGUGUGUGUGGGAAGGCGUUUGCACAGUUAUCUACUCUUGUAACACAUCAGAGAACACACACAGGAGAGAAACCCUUCAAGUGCAGUGUGUGUGGGAAGGCGUUUGCACGUUCAACACAUCUUCAAGCACACCAGAGAACACACACAGGAGAGAAACCCUUCAAGUGCAGUGUGUGUGAGAAGGCAUUUGCACAGUUAUCUACUCUUGUAACACAUCAGAGAACACACACAGGAGAGAAACCCUUCAAGUGCAGUGUGUGUGGGAAGGCGUUUUCAGUUUCAUCUACUCUUGUAAAACACCAGAGAACACACAUGGGAGAUAAACCCUUCAAGUGCAGUGUGUGUGGGAAGGCGUUUACACGUUCAUCUACUCUUGUAAAACACCAGAGAACACACACGGGAGAUAAACCCUGCAGGUGCAGUGUGUGUGGGAAGGCAUUUGCACAUUCAGCACAUCUUCAAAUACACCAGAGAACACACACAGGAGAGAAACCCUUCAAGUGCAGUGUGUGUGGGAAGGCGUUUGCACGUUCAUCUACUCUUGUAGAACACCAGAGAACACACAUGGGAGAGAAACUCUUCAAGUGCAGUGUAUGUGGGAUUGCCUUUGCAAAGUCAUCUAAUCUUCAUGUACACCAGAGAACUCACACAGGAGAGAAACCCUUCAAGUGCAGUGUGUGUGGGAAGGCGUUUGCACAUUCAUCUGCUCUUGUAACACACCAGAGAACACAUACGGGAAAGAAACCCUUCAAGUGCAGUGUGUGUGGGAAGGCGUUUACACAGUCACCACAUCUUCAAGUACACCAGAGAACACACACGGGAGAGAAACCCUUCAAGUGCAGUGUGUGUCGGAAGGCGUUUGCACAUUCAUCUGCUCUUGUAACACACCAGAGAUCGCACACGGGAAAGAAACCCUUCAAGUGCAGUGUGUGUCGGAAGGCGUUUGCACAGUCACCACAUCUUCAAGCACACCGGAGAACUCACACGGGAGAGAAACCCUUCAAGUGCAGUGUGUGUGGGAAGGCGUUUUCAGAUUCAUCUGCUCUUGUAACACACCAGAGAACACACACGGGAGAGAAACCCUUCAAUUGCAGUGUGUGUGGGAAGGCGUUUUCACAGUCACCAAAUCUGGUAAAACACACGAGAACACACACGGGAGAGAAGCCCUUCAGGUGCAGUGUGUGUGGCAAGGCGUUUACAUGUUCAUCUGCUCUUGUAACACACCAGAGAACACACACAGGAGAGAAACCCUUCAAGUGCAGUGUGUGUGGGAAGGCGUUUGCACGUUCAUCUGUUCUUAUAACACACCAGAGAACACACACAGGAGAGAAACCCUUCAAGUGCAGUGUGUGUGGGAAGGCAUUUACACUUUCAUCAAAUCUUCAUGUCCACCAGAGAACACACAUGGGAGAGAAACCCUUCAAGUGCAGUUUGUGUGGGAAGGCGUUUACACAUUCAUCUGGUCUUGUAACACAUCAGAGAAGACACACGGGAGAGAAACCCUUCAAGUGCAGUCUGUGUGGGAAGGCGUUUGCACGUUCAUCUGUUCUUAUAACACACCAGAGUACACACACAGGAGAGAAACCCUUCAAGUGCAGUGUGUGUGGGAAGGCGUUUGCACAUUCAUCUACUCUUAAAAAACACCAGAGGACACACACAGGAGAGAACCCCUUCAAGUGCAGUGUGUGUGGGAAGGCGUUUGCACAGUCAUCUACUCUUGUAGCACACCAGAGAAGUCACGGGGAAGAGAAACCCUUCAAGUGCAGUGUGUGUGGGAAGGCGUUUGCACGUUCAUCAAAUUUGACACGGCACCAGAUAACUCACACAGGAGAGAAACCCUUCAAGUGCAGUGUGUGCGGGAAGGCAUUUUCACCGUCAUCUGCUCUUGUAGCACACCAGAGAACACACACGGGAAAUAAACCCUUCAAGUGCAGUGUGUGUGGGAAGGCGUUCACACAGUCAUCUACUCUUGUAACACACCAGAGAACUCACACAGGAGAGAAACCCUUUAAGUGCAGUGUGUGUGGGAAGGCGUUUUCAGAUUUAUCUCCUCUUGUAACACACCAGAGAACACACACGGGAGAGAAACCCUUCAAGUGCAGUGUGUGUGGGAAGGCGUUUGCACGUUCAUCUACUCUUGUAGAACACCAGAGAACACACACGGGAGAGAAACCCUUCAAGUGCAGUGUGUGUGGGAAGGCGUUCACACAGUCAUCUACUCUUGUAACACACCAGAGAACUCACACAGGAGAGAAACCCUUCAAGUGCAGUGUGUGUGGGAAGGCGUUUGCACGUUCAUCUACUCUUGUAGAACACCAGAGAACACACACGGGAGAGAAACCCUUCAAGUGCAGUGUGUGUGGGAAGGCGUUUGCACAUUCAUCACAUCUUCAAGUACACCAGAGAACUCACACGGGAGAGAAACCCUUCAAGUGCAGUGUGUGUGGGAAGGCGUUUUCAGAUUCAUCUGCUCUUGUAAAACACCAUAGAACACACACAGGAGAGAAACCCUUCAAGUGCAGUGUGUGUGGGAAGGCGUUUGCACAUUCAUCUACUCUUAAAAAACACCAGAGAACACACACAGGAGAAACCCUUCAAGUGCAGUGUGUGUGGGAAGGCGUUUGCACAGUCACCACAUCUUCAAAAACACAAGAGAACUCGCAAGCAUCAGAAGACCCACAAGGAGUGGAGUCUGAAAUCAGCUUGUGGAAGUCAAAGUGGCGCAAUGAGCCCAUCCCUCAUGAAACAAGAACCGGAAGAAAAUCCAAGCUUGGACACUUUUAAAGGUAUCGAGGUGAAAUAUAAAGAGGUGAAGGUGAAAUAUGAACAAGUGAUGGUGAAGAGCGAAGAAGUGAAGGUAAAAUGUGAAGAUGAUUCAACUCCAAAGUCGGACCGACACAUUAAUGGAGGAAACGUGAAGCAGGAGGAGAAUUCUGACUGUGAGGCAGAGCGAGGCAAUUCUCAGCAGUUUGUGGAAGUGGAGGUGUGGGUGGACUUCCUCCGAGACAAUACGAAGUCAAUUGGAGACCCGUUAGA